ACCAUGUAAAACAUAGUUAUCGCUGUUAUAAAAUCCACAGACGGAAUGUGAAUGAAAAUAUAUAAAAAUUGACAAGUUUAAAAAUGUUACGAUACAGACACGCUGUGCGCAUUCUGGCUCACCGGUCCUACUCGGCUAGUGCCGCUGGCAAUGAUGGGAAUUCCAAUCCCGACGACGACAAGCAUCCAAUUAGGCGGACGUUUCGGUUGCUUGGCAAUGAUAUGCGCAAAGUCAAAGAAUUCUUUGUGCCCAAGGACCCCAUUCCAGAAGACACCUCGGAGCGGGCUCUGACCCAAAGUAAAUUCAACUUUGAGGGCGACAAAGGACGGAAUCCCAGUCAGCCGGAUGAAUUCCAGACGCACUGCGAUGUGCUGAUCAUCGGCGGUGGCGGCGUGGGCAGUUCCAUUGCAUAUUGGCUAAAGGAGAAGGCGCGCGAUGGCCUGAACGUUGUGGUUGUCGAAAAGGAUGAUACGUACGCCCAGUCUGCGACCCGCGUCUCUUUUGGCGGCCUGUGUCAGCAGUUCUCCCUGCCGGAGAACAUACAAAUGUCUCUAUUUGCCGCCGACUUUUUGCGCAACGCCAAGGAGCACUUUGGCUCGGAGGUACCGCUCAACUUUACGCCCCAGGGCCAUCUGAUGCUCGCUGGGGAGGAGGACGCCGAGAGCCUGAAGUAUGGUUCGCAGCUGCAAAACGAGCUGGGUGCCCGGAAUGAGCUUCUCACACCCGAUCGACUGGCGGCACGUUUCCCCUGGCUGAAUACCAAGGGUAUUGCUCUGGGCUGCCAUGGCCUCGAGAAGGAGGGCUGGUUCAAUUCGUGGGCGCUACUCACAAACUUUCGUCGCUCUGCUGGCGGACAUGGCGCGCAUUUCGUCAAUGGAGAGGUGGUGGACUUUGCUUUCCAAGAACAGCCGGAUAUAUCCGUCUCGGGUGACAACAGCUCCAGCGAAGCCAGCUACGAUGGUCUGGACAAGGUUGUUAUCCAACUGCCGGAUGGCACACGACGCACAUGCAAGUUUGCUCUCUGCGUGAUAGCAGCCGGAGCUAAUUCCGGGAAUGUAGGACGACUGGCACGCAUUGGCACCGGGCGGGGAAUGCUGCGGGUUCCCUUGCCCAUAGAUGCACGGAAGCGGUACAUGUAUGCAAUCACCACUCAGACACAGAAUGCACCCGGCAUGGCCAUGCCCAUAACCAUCGAUUCGAACGGGACAUUCAUUCGGAGAGACGGCUUGGGCGGCAACUACAUCUGCGGCCAUAAUUCCGAUCCGCAAGUCGAUCCAAACAGUAAUAAUUUCGUCGUUGAUCCGCAGUACUUUGAAGAGCAUAUUAAGCCCGCACUCGUGGAGCGAGUGCCCGCCUUUGAGGCGGCCACAGUUGUAGACAGCUGGGCGGGUCUGUACGAGCACAAUGUCUACGAUGAGAACGGCAUUAUGGGACCACAUCCGUACUAUCACAAUUUGUACAUUGCCACAGGGUUCAGUGGACACGGCAUCCAGCAGUCGGUGGCUGUGGGUCGAGCCAUAUCCGAGCUGAUUAUGGAUGGCCAGUUUCGCACCAUCGACCUGUCGCGACUGAGCUUCGAUAGAUUAAUAGUCGACAGGCCCAUGUACGAGUUGAAUAAUGUUCUAAGUUAGUGUCUGUUGAAAGUACAAUGUAUUGUACAUGAUUAAAGUUUCAUUUUAC